AUGUUGUCGGCUCGUCAUAUUGUUCAAAAACCUGUGGCUCGUGGGUUGGCCACGGUCUCCAAAUUGACCAGAGACUCUAAGGUCCACCAAAACUUGUUGGAAGACCACUCUUUCAUCAACUAUAAGCAAAAUGUUGAAAACAUCGAGAUUGUGAAGAGCAGACUCAAUAGACCAUUGACUUAUGCUGAAAAGAUCUUAUACGGCCAUCUUGACAACCCUCACGCCCAAGAAAUCGAACGUGGUGUGAGUUACUUGAAACUAAGACCCGACCGUGUUGCUUGCCAGGAUGCGACCGCCCAGAUGGCUAUUUUGCAAUUCAUGUCCGCUGGUUUACCACAAGUCGCCAAGCCUGUGACAGUGCACUGUGACCACUUGAUCCAAGCCCAAUUGGGUGGUGACAAGGAUUUGAAAAGAGCUAUCGACCUAAACAAGGAAGUUUUUGACUUUUUGGCCACUGCUACUGCCAAGUACAACAUGGGUUUCUGGAAGCCAGGUUCCGGUAUCAUCCACCAAAUUGUUCUUGAAAACUACGCCUUCCCAGGUGCCUUGAUCAUUGGUACUGACUCUCACACUCCUAACGCCGGUGGUUUGGGUCAACUUGCUAUCGGUGUUGGUGGUGCCGACGCCGUCGACGUCAUGUCGGACUUGCCAUGGGAAUUGAAGGCACCAAAGAUCCUUGGUGUCAAAUUGACCGGUAAGAUGAGCGGAUGGACCUCUCCAAAGGACAUUAUCCUAAAGCUCGCUGGUAUCACUACUGUCAAGGGUGGUACCGGUAAGAUUGUCGAAUACUUCGGUGACGGUGUCAAUACUUUCUCCGCUACUGGUAUGGGUACUAUCUGUAACAUGGGUGCUGAGAUCGGUGCUACCACUUCCGUUUUCCCAUACAACAACUCCAUGGUUGACUACUUGAAAGCCACCAAGCGUGGUGAAAUUUCGGAGUUUGCCAAUUUGUACCACAAGGACUUUUUGUCUGCUGACGAAGGUGCUGAGUACGACGAAGUUAUCGAGAUCAACUUGAGUGAAUUGGAGCCAUACAUCAACGGUCCAUUCACUCCAGAUUUGGCCACUCCUAUUUCCGCCAUGAAGGAAGUUGCUGUUAAGAACAACUGGCCUUUGGACGUUAGGGUCGGUUUGAUCGGUUCUUGUACCAACUCUUCUUACGAGGACAUGACCCGUGCCGCCUCCAUCGCUGAAGAUGCUGCCUCUCACGGUUUGAAGGCCAAAUCUUUGUUCACUAUCAGUCCUGGUUCCGAACAGGUUAGAGCCACCAUCGCUCGUGACGGUCAGUUGAAGACCUUCCAAGACUUCGGCGGUGUCGUUAUGGCUAACGCCUGUGGUCCAUGCAUUGGUCAAUGGGAUCGUCAAGACAUCAAGAAGGGUGACAAGAACACCAUUGUGUCUUCUUUCAACAGAAACUUUACCUCUAGAAAUGACGGUAACCCAGAUACUCACUCUUUCGUUGCUUCUCCAGACAUCACGACUGCCUUGGCCAUUGCUGGUGACUUGAGAUUCAACCCUAUGACCGACAAAUUGAAGGACAAGGACGGUAACGAGUUCAUGCUAAAGCCUCCAACUGGUGUUGGUUUGCCACCAAAGGGCUACGAUGCCGGUGAAAACACCUAUCAAGCCCCUCCUCUAGAACGUUCUGCCGUUGAAGUCAAGGUUUCUCCAACCUCUGACCGUCUACAACUAUUGGAACCAUUCGAUUCCUGGGACGGCAAGGACCCAACCGACCUACCAAUCUUGAUCAAGGCUCUAGGUAAGACCACCACUGACCAUAUCUCUAUGGCUGGUCCAUGGUUGAAGUACCGUGGUCACUUGGAAAACAUUUCCAACAACUACAUGAUUGGUGCUAUUAACGCCGAAAACAAGAAGGCCAACUCGGUCAAGAACUUCUACACCGGUGAAUAUGCUGGUGUUCCAGACACUGCCAGAGCUUACAAGAAGCAAGGACAAAAGUGGGUUGUCAUCGGUGGUGAAAACUUUGGUGAAGGUUCUUCCCGUGAGCAUGCUGCUUUGGAACCAAGAUACCUAGGUGCUUACGCCAUUAUCGUCAAAUCCUUCGCUCGUAUCCACGAAACCAACUUGAAAAAGCAAGGUUUGUUGCCAUUGACUUUCGCCAAGCCUGAGGACUACGAAAGAAUCAACCCAGACGACCUUGUCGACCUUGUUGGUGUCACUGAACUGGCCCCAGGUAAGCAACUCUCUCUAAGACUAAAGCCUAAGUCUGGCGAGGCCUGGGAAACUCCUUUGAACCACACCUUCAACAAGGAACAGAUUGAAUGGUUCAAGGCCGGUUCCGCCCUAAACAAGAUGGCUGAGAAAUAA